AUGAUUAACAAGUCAAUUAUGCUUCUGAGCCUAGUGGUUCUUCAUAGCACAUUUAAAAAUGGAAAAACAACAUGUAAAUGGCAAUUUGUGCAAGAAUGGCAUAUACAGCCAUUAUCAUAUGUGGUGAAUUGGACACUAACAGAAAACAUCUGCAUGGACUUCCAUGGAGAUUGCUGGUUUGGGGAUGUAAAUACUAAAAUGAAUACUUCAGGCAAUCAAGUUGUUUCCCAGAUUUGCCCUUUGCAAAUUCAAUUGGGAGACAUCCUUGUAAUUUCUUCUGAACCAUCUCUUCAGUCUCCAGAAAUAAAUUUGAUGAGUGUUUCUGAAGCAUCAUUCAUUGACUGUCUGCAGAACACCACAACUGAAGAUCAGUUACUUUUUGGUUGCAAACUAAAAGGAAUGCAUACUGUUAAUUCUCGGUGGUUGAGGAUUGGGACACAUUAUUUUAUCACAGUAACAGCAAGUGGUCCAUCGCUUUGUCACCUGGGGCUACGACUAAAUGUGACAGUGAAAGAGCAGUUCCGCCAGAAAUCUCUGAGUUCAGAAUUUUGCUCUGGGCACGGUAAAUGUCUUACUGAAGUUUGGAGCAAGACAUACAGCUGCCAUUGCCAGCCUCCAUUUUCUGGAAAAUGUUGCCAGGAACUUGAUGUGUGUUCUUAUAAGCCAUGUGAAAAUAAUGGCAUUUGCAUUAAUAAAAGAGGAUAAUGGAAUGAGCAAGGAUAUAAAUGCAUCUGUCACAGACCAUUUAAAGGCAUAAAUUGUUCAGAAGUUAUUGGCCAAUGUCAGUCAUGUAUCUUCCAUGGGAAUUGUGGCAAUAUUACUAUAAAUAAUUUCAUCUGUGAAUGUGGUGAACCAUUUUCAGGUGCAUACUGUGAGGAGUCAAUGGAAUGUUCUAUUUCUCAGUCUUGUUGGAAAGGGGAAAUUUGCCAAAAUAAAAUCUCUGCUUACAUUUGUGAAUGCCCAGAAGGAUUUUUUGAUGAAAACUGUGAAACCAAUGUGAAUGAGUGUUCAUCAACACCAUGUCAGAAUGAUGCUGACUGCGUUCAUAUUCCAAAUGGUACUAUGUACAUCUGUUCACCAAUAUUUACAGGCAAGCUUUGUAAGAGACAACUUCAAACACCACGUGAGUCAUUUCCUUGCAAGAAUAAUACCACAGUACGAAAUAAUGAGAAAGAUUAUCAUUGCAGUUGUUUGCCAGGAUUUACUGGAAAAAACUGUGAGAAAGUAAUUGACCACUGUAGACUGCUCAGCAUCAACUGUCUGAAUGAAGGAUGGUGUUUCAAUAUAAGUGGAAGAUUCAGAUAUGUAUGUACUUUAGAGUGCACAAGAUACUCGUGUUGGAUUGUGAAGAAUGUUUGCUUAAUUCAUCUGUACCCCUGCUACUGUGGAACCAUCAGCCAUGAUAUUUGCCAAGCUAAAGUCCAACCUCCUCCUCAAUUUAAAUAUGUGUGGCAACUGGGAUUUAAAGGAUCUGAAGAUGGAAAUUGUGAAGUGGCUAUUAUUGAUGCCUACUUCUUUCUCUCUGCAAACUAUACUGAAGAGGCAGUCUAUGUGAACACAUCUGAAGACCUUGAUUAUGUACGUUGGUUCCUAUGUGAAGGAACAAUAGAGAUGUGUGCAAAUGAAUGCAGUUGUUUGACUAAAGAAGACAAUAAGGGAUAUUGGUGUCUAUGUAUUCCAAGAUUCUUGCAAAAUACAACUGAUUAUGAAGAAAGUGGAUGUCAACAUGAAGCUCUUUGUAAAGAUGAAAUUAAUAAAUUCAGGUAUUUAUGCAUCAUUUGA